AUGAUGUCCUUUGGGUUGAAAAACGCCAGGGCCACCUAUCAAAUGCUUGUCAACAAAAUGUUUGUAGACCUCAUCGGUAAGACAAUGGAAGUCUACGUUGACAAUAUGCUUGUGAAAAGUUUGAAGGCGGACGACCAUGUGAUGCACCUGAAUGACACUUUUCGAACCGUUAAAAGGUACCGAAUGAAGCUCAAUCCCCUCAAGUGCGCUUUUAGCGUUGCCUUCGGCAAAUUCCUUGGGUACAUGGUCAACCAAAGAGGAAUCAAAGCUAAUCUCGAAAAGAUCAAUACCUUGCUCGAGUUGAGAUCACCCCAGAAACCCAAGGAAGUCGAAAACCUAACGGGACAAGUGGCAGCCCUCAACUGCUUUGUCUUCAUGGCCACCAAUAAAUGCCUCAUGCAGGCCUCCCUCCUCUCCAAGCCAAAGCCCGGCAAUAUCCUUCAGUUAUACCUGGUCGUCUCCAAUGAGGCCAUUAGUACAGUCCUAAUACGAGAGGAAGAAACCACCCAACUCCUCGUGUAUUAUACUAGCAAGGCACUCCUGUCUCUAGAAACACGCUAUCCCGGUAUGGAGAAGCUAGCCUUAGCCUUGAUCACUGCUUCUAGGAAGCUAAGGCCCUACUUCCAGGCACACACCAUUCACGUGCUGACCAACUUCCCUUUGAGGCAAGUGCUACAGAAAUCGAACGCCUCAGGAAGACUACUAAAAUGGGCAGUGGAGUUAAGUAAAUUUGACAUUGUCUUUAAGACAAGGGCGGUCAUCAAGGGCCAAACUUUACCUAAUUUUGUGACAGAGUUCACCAAUGUAUCCGAGGUGGAAGAGGUUAUGGAACCUAUUGAGCCCCCCACGUGGAGCUUGUUCGUAGAUGGUUCGGCUGAAAACACUGGUUCGAGAGCUGGGGUAGUUCUAGUCAGCCUAGAAGGUCACAAGUUAAACUCAGGCGUGAAGUUCAGAUUUAAGGCCACCAACAACGCUGCUGAGUAUCAUGCGCUCUUUGCAGGCCUCAGAUUAGCCAAAAAAAUGCAAAUAAAGAGGCUACGUAUCAACAGUGACUCCCAGCUGGUGGUGAGCCAAGUGAAUGGUAGUUUUUUAGCUAGGGAUAAGACCAUGGCCUCCUACUUGAAGAUGGCGCUAAACUUCCUCCCAUCUUUUGAAAAAUACAAAAUAAUGCAAAUCCUUUGCCUUGAGAACGCACAUGCAGAUGCACUCUCUAAACUCGCGAGCAGUAAAGACUCCGAACUAUUUGCUAUAUUACCAAUUGAGCAUCUCCUCACGCCGUCUACCGAGGUCACUGAGGUAAUAUGGGUCGACGGAAUCCCCACAUGGAUGCAACCAAUCAUAGCCUACCUAAAGGACCAGGUCCUGCCCACUGACAAAGAUGAGGCCUACAAGUUGAGAAGAAGGUCAACUCAUUUCCUCUUCAUUGAUGACGUACUCUACAAAAGAAGCUUCUCCUUCUCACUUCUUCGCUGCACAAGGGAAGAUAAGACCAUUUACAUUCUGAGGGAAAUCCACGAAGGUGAGCUAACUGCCAUCUUCAAUCUAUGGCCGUUCUCCAAAUGGGGCGUGGAUCUGAUAGGUCCUUUACCUAAAGGCAGAGGAGGCGUGAACUUUGCCAUUGUGGCCAUUGAUUACUUCACGAAGUGGGUUGAGCACUUCUUAACACCUCGUCAUCCUCAAGCUAAUGGCCAAGUUGAGGCUGUAAACAAGACGAUCAAACAUGUCUUCAAAAGGAGAAUGGAUGCAUCAAAGGAAGCCUGGGUUGAUGAGCUGGUUCAAGUGAUUUGGGUAAUUCGAACUACCACCAAAACUCCCACGGGGAAAACUCCUUUCCUCAUGGCCUAUGGAAUCGAAGCCAUGAGCCCAGUCGAGGUCGAUUUACCAUCACCGUGUCAUCUACACUUCAGCGAAAUAUCUAAUGACGAGCUACGAAAGUUCAACCUCGACUUCAUUGAUAAAAGAAGAGACGACUCCUAG